AUGGACAGGGAUCGUUUUGCCGAACUUCUGGAUGCAUCAUUGCAGGAUUUCAGACAGCAGCUGCUAGAUGCCUUCCUGGAGGGACCCAAUAACCAAGAUGGCCAAGAUGGCCAAAGCUCGCCAGCGACGUCUAUGUCUCCCGUGACUCCUGUGAUGCCUCUGGGCCCCAAAGAGAUUGAGGCAGGUUCUGCCAAGGACAAGGACAAGGACAGCGCAUUGGAGGCAUCUGCCUGGAAGAAGGUGGAGCGGCUGUUUCCAUCCAAGGAAAGGGGUGUCUCCGUUCAAACAGACCAUUCUGAUCGAAACUCAAACUCCGUGGGCAAGACUAGUUCACUGACGCCAUCGGAAGAAGUAGAUUUGGCCCCGGCGCCCGUCUUCAAUGCCCGCUCCUCCAAGUAUCUGCGGUCUGGGCUGAUAGGGGUAAACACCGAAGAGGCCAUGGCAAUUCGCCAUCGGCUGCGUGUUCGUUUAGGAGCCCUCUCCUCGAAGACCUUAGUGUCCGGCAAGUCUUUGCUCGACGCAGUGGCAGCUUUGGGACUGACGAAGUACUCAGAGCCAGAAAUGAAUGACAUGAUCAAUGUCCUGGCGGACUUCGUCAACCUCUCAUUUGAGACAGAACCUGCAGACAAGUCCGAUGGGGAGAUGCAUGAGGAGGACUUGGAGAUCUUUUUCUUCAACCGCAGGGACUCGAGGUCGUAUGGCUCGCCGGUGUGGGAGUGGCCUACUGCAGCUGAACUGCCGCAAGCUUCAAUGCGUCGAAGUGUCACUGGGAACAUGUCACACUGGGCAGAGAAGCAUCCACGGAGCUGCUUCAAUGUUAUCCCGGCACAGGCACUCAUGGAGAUGUUUCUCUCACAGGAGACAGAACUUCACAAGCGGAUUUUUGGGCCGAAGCUUUUGGGCCAGUUCAGAGCCAUCAAGGAAAUUUUGUUGGCCGGUGAUACCAACAAGCUUGUGGCAGAGCUGACUUUUGUACGGAUCAACGACCUGGCAGCACCUCCUGAGCCAGUACAUCCACUGAUGUACAUUGAGCCGUUGGUGGCAAUCCUCAUCGUCGGGAAUGGCGUCAUGAUUGGUUUGCAGACGGAGCCAGGGUUUGACGAAUGGACCGGCUGGACCUAUGUCGAGCUCAUCUUUGCCGCCUUCUUGCUCUUGGAAAUCGCCUUGCGCAUGCACCUUCUGCGGUGUCGCAGCUAUUGGUGUGGGCCGGAGCGUUACUGGAAUUGGUUUGAUUUGUUCCUGGCGGCCACGGGGAUCUUUGACAUCACAGUCCAGCUGGUUCGCCAGGAAAGGUCGGACUUCGCGGGCACAUCGCUUUUGCGAUUCUGCCGAUUGAUUCGCUUGGUUCGCAUUGUCAAGGUGUUUCGAAUCAAAUUCAUGAAGGACCUUCGUCUCAUGGUGAAGGGCCUUGUCGCGGGAGUGCGAACUCUCACGUUGGCUUUUUUCCUGCUCUUUGCCGUGCUUUACGUCAUCUCCGGCUUCGCGACGAUGACCAUUGGCAGUGACAGCCGAACGCGGGACCUUGGUCUGGAAGAGUACUUCUACAACAUCCCUUCUGCCAUGUUCACAGCCUUCCGAUGCUUCAACGGUGAGUGCGUGAACGAGAAAGGUGAGCCCAUCAACUAUUUGCUUGCAGAUGCUUUCGGCUUGCCGUUCAUAAUAUGCUAUGUCGUCAGCUACAUGCUUGUGACCAUGGGGAUUUUCAAUGUGAUCCUUGCUGUGUAUGUCGACAUCACUAUGAAGGCGGCAAAGGAGAACGAUGCCGUCACGGCAGAGCAACAUGCCAGGGAGUCCAUCCGUGUUGCCAAAACCACCAGGGAGUUGUUGAAGAAAUUUGCCGCUGCCUACCACGUUUUCGCUGACAUGGAAGACGGCAAGACCAAGCUUGACAAGUUGCCCUCGCACAUGCUCUUCACGGAGGAUGGGAUGCAGGAUAGGAUUGCCAUCACGAAGGAACUCUUCCUGCUGGUCAUCCAGGAUCGUGGCGUGCAGAAGCUGAUGGAUGACCUUGAGCUGCCACCAGAUCGCGCCAAUCUCUUCGAGAUCAUCGAUGCAGAUGGCAGCGGCACCCUUCAAAUCACGGAGCUCUUGCAGGGACUCCUCAAGAUCCGUGGCGAAAUAAACAAGAGUGACACCGUGGCAUCCCUUUUGGCCACAAAGGCCUUGCAGGGCAUUGUGGAGGCUCUGAAGGAGGAGAACAUGCAGAACUUCUCCAAGCUUUACCAAGAGCUUGAGCGCCAGCAUGCCGAGUCCUGUACCCAUGUGACGAGAGUGAUGUCGAAGACCAGGCUCCGAACCCAGUCCAGGUCCAGGGCGUCUCCGAAAGACUUGACGAGCUUGGAUGCACCCCUUCGACCAGACGACUUGCCCCCCGAAACUGAGUUGGAGCCCCCCUGA